CUGCACACAGGCGAAGGACAUGCAGACAGCCAAAAAGACAUUUAGCUUUGUAUAUAAGAUGAUAUAUUUAGUCUGACGACUCACGUACAUCAGCAGCGACAUCGGAAAGGAAAGAAGUUACUUCACCGGCUCCUCCACUUCGACCGAUCAUCACCCAUACUUCUCCAGAAGGAGAAGCCGUAGCUGAGGCAGAGGUACAUUUGUCGCCCGUCACCGAAGAGCCAAGUAGUGGUACCGAUCAACGCAGUUUACAAGAAGAAGAACGACAUCCACAAGGAAUGGAGUUGCUUAAAGAUCUCAAAGAAGAAGGAAGUGACACUUUGUUACUGGAGUUGAAAAAGAUUCCUGAUCAGCAGCUUGGAAUGGGCAUUGGUAAGCGGUCCCGAGGCAUUCUAGUCACCUCAUUGCAACCGGGCUCAGCGGCUGCGGAGAAACUCAAAGUGGGAGAUCGAAUUCUUGCUGUGAAUGCACUGCCGGUUACUGAUCAGGUAUGCGCUUUCAUAGACUUCUGA